UUGGUGAGUUCGGAGCAAAGCCAGUUUACUGAAACGAUUGUGUGCAUCUGUGGACACACAUCACAUUUAACCUUGUACGCAGCAGCCACUCUCACAACGGCGGGCUGCGUGAGACAAACUAACAGUCGUGCAUUUGUGAUCGAUGUAUUACUAUCGUUGCUGCUCCCAAUGGUGAUCAUCUAA